AAAAGUUUAGUCAGGACUGAGGGGAGAAAAGGAAGGCAGGCGGCGGCCGGAGGACCCUCUCGGUGGCUCCAGAAAAGGAAAAUGGCUCAAGAAACCAACCAUAGCCAAGUGCCUAUGCUUUGUUCCACUGGAUGCGGAUUUUACGGAAACCCCCGCACAAACGGCAUGUGUUCGGUAUGCUACAAAGAACAUCUUCAACGGCAGAACGGUAGCAAUGGUAGAAUUAGCCCCUCAGCCACUUCUGUUAGUAGUCUCCCUGAGUCUUUACCCGUUCAAUGCACUGAAGGCAACAUCCAGGACUCUCCAUCAACACUAGACUCUACACCUGUACCGCCUAUGCAGCCAAGCCCUGUGUCAAGCCCAUCCUCGCUCUUAGCAGAAUCAGUAGCAUCAUCCGAAGUGGAAAGUACAGACCUAGUGGACAAAACAGUUCCUGAAAAAGAAGGCGUGCAAGAAUCAGCAUCAGUGGACCUGGCCGAGACAAUUUCAAUAGACAGUACCGGAGAGGAAUUGUCGAUGGAUAACUCAGAUUUACCUGACACUGCCAGGGGCUCAGAAACAGAGUGUGAUUGUGAUGCAAGCAUAGAAAAUAAUAUAGAUGGCCCUGAUUUCCCGGAUAAGAGCUCGAGAGUGCGAAUGAAGAGGCAUGACAUGGAUUUAACACUAAACACAGUAGCUUCAGCAUCCGAUAAUGCGGAGCCCUCCUCUGAAGAACAAGAGAAGUCGCUUGACAAACCAAAACAGAAAAAAUCUCGUUGCUUCAUGUGCCGGAAGAAGGUUGGUCUCACUGGGUUUGAAUGCAGGUGCGGAAACGUAUUCUGUGGUGUACACCGUUACUCAGACGUCCACAGUUGCUCUUACAAUUACAAAGCUGACGCGGCUGAGAAAAUCAGAAAAGAGAAUCCUGUCGUCGUCGGUGAAAAGAUUCAGAAGAUUUGAACUGCUACCCUGGGUGGAAUAUUAAAAUUUCUGACCGUCUGCAGAUGAAAUUGACUUGAGCUUCUUCCCCCUCCCGCCUUCCCCUUAGUUAUCAGGAACAUAGGGACGUGUAUCUCGAAUCAUGCAUGUCAUCAAAAUACAUAGAUCUUUAUUUUUUUUCCUUUUAGAACAUGAACCAAACACUUACUUCAUUACAGAUUUCUUUUCCUACAGCUGAAGACUUUAAGCAGGCAUAUGACACCUAUGCUGUUCACUGCGUGUGUCCCUUACGGGCUGUUGAGCGAAUACCAUUGCUAUACAAGUAUUAUCCUUUUUAAUACCGUUUUUACUUUAGUUGAGUGCAGAGGGCUUUUAUAAUCCACCACAGAGCUAUAAUGGCAACGCGGCAGUGCUUCCCCCCCACCCCCCCACCCACCCCUACAGGACAUGCAUGCAUUUACCUGGCCGUUAACUUUCUUUGUAUAUAGCUUUUUUUCUUCUGCAGCACGAUUUCCCUUUUUUGAUAACUCCUCGUAUGGCACAACUAGCGAUCAGUAACUGAAUGUAUUUUAAUCAUUACGGCUGCUUGUUUUUUUUUGGUUUUUUUCCAUUAACAAAGGUUUAUACAUACAUUAGCAUAAUAGCUUGUUUGCACCCACUACCUAUUUAUGUAUGAAUCAUUUGUAAUGAGUGUGUGUGCGUGCGUGCGUGUGUGCGCUGAGAUUCUAAAGUUCGUAUGGAUAUUUUUUCCUUUUGAAAGAUAACUUCUGGGGGGGUCUUUCCCUGCCCAUGUGCGCGUGUGUGUGGUUGAGGGAGUUGUCUGCACUUCAUUGCCGACUGCAGGUUUCCUUGGGGUUUAUGUUAUCGGGUCUUUAUGUACACCAAUAUGAAGAAUGAUAUGAAGUUUUAACUGUAUUGUAUUUAUGUUCAUCCACGUCUUUAACUUUGAUUAAAUAAAAUUUUUAAAAAUUGGGACUUGGAGGCAA